UCCUCCUGGUGUGUUCUGCCCUCCUCCUCCUCCUCUUCCUCUCAUAGGUGAGAAUCUCUCUUUUCCUGUCUCUCUAUCAAACUCUCUGAUUGUGUUGCAUCACUGGGAUUAAAAGCACAAGGAAUAGAAAUAGACUAAAGGGCCUCCCAACCAAUGGCAAUCUGAACAAUCCAACACACUCACUGCACAUGGGUGUAUUUCUGUUCACCACUUUAUGGAUCAUGACCAAAUGGAACAUAUGGAACAGAUAUAUUCACCUGGCAAAACAGGUGAAGACAUUCAGGGUGUGAAACACAACAACAGCCAAGAUGUCAGAUAAAAAGAUGUCAUCGAGCCGCAGGCAUCAUCUGAAGAGCUUGGUGCUCCAGAUUGCGUUUGAGCUUAUUGAAGUGGAGAAAAAGGAGGCUGCGCAGGAGAAAGCCAAUUUCAUGGCUGAGCUCCCCGCCCUGGAUUUGUCUGGGGAUCAAGCGGCGCUGGUGGAAAUGCUCAAAAAGUUAGCCCAUACCAUCGACAAGGUUGAUGAGGACAGAUAUGACGCAGAGUCCAAGGUGACGAAGGCAGACAAGGAGAUUGAGGACUUGAGAAUGAAAGUGGUUGAGAUCCAGGGUAUGAAGAAGCCAGCUCUGAAGAAAGUGCGUAUGUCUGCUGAUGCUAUGCUCCAGGCUCUGCUGGGCACCAAGCACAAGGCUUCCAUGGAUUUCAGAGCCAACUUGAAAGAAGUGAAGAAGGAAGUCAAAGAGGAGGGAGUGGAUGCAGUAGGUGACUGGCGCAAGAACGUUGAUGAACAGGCUGGCAUGGACGGCAGGAAGAAGAAGUUUCAGGGUUAAACACAUUCAUUUUUCAGCCAUAGCCGACUUUUGUUUUUUGUCAUAUUGUGCUACAGAGAUGGAUUUCUAUGACCUUGUUGUUAGGCAUCCCUGCAGGAAGAGGAUCUUUGAUUUUAAAAUGCUGUUAUUUUUUGAUACUGUAGGUUAAAAUAUGUAUUCGACACUAUGGUUUUGGAUAUCUCUCUGUCUCCCCCUCUCCCCCACUCUCUCUCAAUUUCUCUCUCGCUGUCUCUCUUUCUUUCUCUUUUCUUUAACUUUUCAGUGUAAUUUGCAAAUGUUUUUGGCUAUUGUGUAGUGAGGUGGAAAGGGUAAAUAUUGUAGCUUCACCCACUCUUAACAACACAGCUUUCCAUCUGCAUCUGUAACAUUCACUAAAAGGAAUAUAUUCACUAACAAUAAAUAAAAAAUAAAAACAAUUAAAAAAG